GGCUCCCGGGGGCGUUUGCAGAGUUUCUGGCUGGGCCUUAUCUUGAUUCCUCAAAGCUACCAUGCCUGGUGAGAGUGACUGCAUGGACAGGAAGCUUCCAGAUGAGAAUGACGGUGCUCCUGAUUUUGUUGUUCGGACCCAUAAAAGAAAAGCUGAUGUUGUAACAUUUUUACAAGAUCCAGAUGAAGAUACUUCCAAUGUCAAAAUAACCAACAGGAAACCAAAUGAAAGUCAGUCAAAUUGUGCUGCAUGUCCUUAUUCAUAUUUGCUGAUCCCAACACCAGAGAAAGAUGAAGAGGUCAGGAAUCUAAACUCCUCAACUUCCAAACAUGAAAGACUUUUUUCAGCUAGAGAGUCACCGUUGCCUGCUUUGGGUUGGGCAAAUAGAGAUGAAGUGUGGGAAAACAUGCUCAGUAAGGAACAGAAAUAUGCGAGGGAUAAGCUGUAUAUGGAAAAGCAUCCGCUCCUGGAACCUAAAAUGCGAGUAAUUCUCCUAGAUUGGCUGAUGGAGGUUUGUGAGGUCCACAAACUUCACAGAGAGACAUUUUAUUUAGCUCAAGAUUUCUUCGAUCGGUUCAUGGCAACACAACAGAACAUUGUAAAGACUCUUCUCCAGCUGAUUGGAAUAUCGUCUUUAUUCAUAGCUGCUAAACUUGAGGAGAUCUACCCACCAAAGCUGCAUCAGUUUGCCUAUGUGACCGAUGGUGCUUGCACAGAAGAAGAAAUUAUUAGCAUGGAGCUCAUUAUUAUGAAGGCGCUCAAUUGGAACCUGAGUCCACUGACAGUUGUGUCCUGGUUAAAUAUAUACAUGCAGGUUGCAUAUCUAAGUGAGAUCUGUGAGAUGCUGCUGCCACAAUAUUCUCAAGAGAGAUUUGUGCAAGUUGCAGAGCUUUUGGAUCUGUGUGUACUUGAUGUUGGUUGUUUGGAAUACACAUAUGGUGUCCUUGCCGCCUCUGCAUUGUAUCACUUCUCCUCUUGCGAGCUGAUGCGGCGGGUUUCAGGAUAUGAAUUGAGUGACAUCGAGAAGUGUGUGAAGUGGAUGGUCCCCUUUGCAAUGGCUAUCAAGGAGGAGGGGAGCUCGGUGCUGAAGCACUUCACAGGAGUCCCUGCUGAAGAUUUGCACAAUAUACAAACGCACAUAAACACCUUUGAUUUGCUGGACAAAGCCCAAGCAAAACAAGCCAUGUUGGCUGAGAAGAACAGGUGUUCUCCUUUGCCCACGGGUGUUCUCACCCCACCCCAGAGUAGUAAGAAACUCUCUCGGACCUUGAAAUAGCUAAAGCUAUGCAAGCUGCUCGACCUCCUGGUUUGCUUCUUUUUAAAAACACAACUCCCUCUCUCUCUAUUUUAUUUUCACAAUUCUGCAUUAUUGUGUAAUGCUGCCAGUGACUUCAGAUUAAUUCUAGAAUGGAAAAAAGUCUUUAUGGGAGAACCUGACCAAUUAUGAAAACUGUUUUUAUGGAAUGUUUGUCUUGAAAUGAACUGUUUGGAGUGUACCGGCCACCCCGAACGAGGAUGUGCUUGGAUUGCUGCUAAGGAAAGAGUUACCGGAUGUGCUGAUGGAAAGAAGAGAUUCUGCCCUCUGCUGCUGUGAAGCACCAACAAUGUUCUGGUUGGAGUUAGCCAUGGAAGGCAAGCCUCUUCGUAGAUUUGAGUUUACAGCUUGAUUUUUAAAAAAUCCUUUGUAAAUGCUCUUAUGUGUCUCUAAUUUUUAAAUAAAGUGCUGUCUUUGGUUA